UGAUGCAAAAAUUCUUGAAUGAAUAGCAAGCGAAAAGUUAUCUGCUUAUGGCUCGUGGUUUGAUCUGGACUUCCCAAGUACAGCUUAGGAUGGAGCACUUAAAAUCAUGCACUUCCGAUUUGCGACUUGUCGCAUUGAUUAAGAUUACUAAUUUUAGAAUUUAUUUUACAUAGUUGUACACAUAAGUAAGCACGGUUGUAAAAAAAAAGACACUGCAACAGAGAAUAUCAUGAAAUUCUAAAGAAAUUUAACAACUUUGGGAAAUCGUAAGCAAUUAUGACUCCGACAAAAAGCGAAAAUUUUAAGACUCUAUAGACGUCAUAAAAAUACUAUUUAUUACUAUACAUACUUAAAUAAAACAAUGAAAACUAUUUAUAAGUACAUUUUCAAUAUGACGUAGCAUUCGGAACCAAGCGUCGACUCAUCAGUGAUCAUCAGUUCCUCGGUCUUUGUCUAUUAAAGUGGUUAGACACUCGAGUCAGUCUUCAAUAGAUUUUGGCAGCGCGUCGUGGAUUGACUUUUAUUUUAAAUUUGUUCUUUGGAGAGAAAAGUUUAUUAACAUAGUUUAAGAUUGUUAAAGGACAACUGCUUUUAAAGAAAAUGCUUAUUAAAAAUCCGAACAACAUCAAUUUACCCGACUAUUUGAAUGAACAGUUUUUUGUGAAUGCGCUGGCAGCAGGUUUGCGGGAGACCGCCGAACUCGAAGUUAUUGAAGCCGUUUUCGAGUGGGGCAGCAAGCCGGGCGACAACUAUUGCUCACGCAUUUAUCGCGUCCUGAUUGGGUUCAAGCGAAUGCCACCAAAUAAGGAGCAUUUAGGACAGGAAAAACUAUCAUUGAUAAUUAAAACUAUUCCGAUCACCAAAGAGACGCGGUUUCUCGAAGAUGCUGGAGUAUUUUUGAAAGAGAAAUUCACCUAUUUGGAUGUGUUGCCGCGGCUGGAAAUACUUCUGGAUGGUCAUAAAUUCAGCGCUAACUGCUUAUAUGCCAUUAAAGCACCGAUGCAGACGAUCGUAUUCAAUGAUUUGAAAAUGGAUGGAUUCACCACUGCUUCGCGGCAGGACCAACUCGAUUGGGCACACAGCGAAUUGAUCUUGCAGCAACUGGGCCGCUUGCAUGCCACCUCAAUGGUUUUGGCCAAGAAGGAUCCUACCAUUACUAAACGCCUCAGCAAAGGCAUGCUCUGUGAAGAGAGUGUAAUGACGAGCGAUGCCUAUAAAAACUUGUUCGGCGGCAGACUAAGACAGCUGGCGCUGAAUGCAGCAAAUUGGCCUGGCUUUGAAAAGAUCUCACAAAAGCUGCACAAUUUUUAUGAUAAUUUCAACGCGAUAUGCGCGCGUUUGGCCGACUAUCGCCAAGGCGAUCGUAUUAUUGUGAUGAAUCAUGGCGACCUGUGGACCACCAACUUCAUGUAUGCUUAUGACGAUUCCAAGCAGCCGCAUAAGCCGACGCGCGCAGUGUUCGUGGACUUUCAGCUAAACUUCUAUGGCAGCCCUGCUUGUGAUCUGAAUUUUCUAUUCAAUACAAGCAUACGUCUGGAGUUGCUCCAAGAACGGCACGAAGAUUUAAUAAAUGUUUACUUUAAAACAUUCACGGCUACACUAGAGUUUCUUAAUCACGACAACAUACCGACUCUGGAGGAUCUGAGGUAUGAGUUGCGCGCACGCGAACUUUAUGGUCUGUUCGCACUGUUUGGUUUUUUGCCAAUGGUUACUCUGCCGAGGGAGUUGUCCACGGACAACAGUAUUGAAAAAAUUACGGAUGAGAACUUUGCUCAGCAAAAGUUCGAGAUGGUUUUUGCGCAAGAACGUUUACAAGCGCAAGUUAAAUACGCUCUACGGCGUUUGGAUGAUUUGGGAGUUUUAGAUGAAUUAUUAAAAUAGAUAGGCAUACUUUAAUAGAU